AUGAAAGUGAAUGAUGUAAAAGGUAAAGAUGAUCAGAAGAAGAAAUCUUAUGCCAAGGCUGUUAUGGGUGAAGAGACGAGUAAAAACAUAUCGGAUCCUCAGUUACGCAAAGUGAUGAUGGGAGACAGAGAACUCACUGGCAUGACAGAUGCUCAAUCUACAAUCCUUUGUGAGGUAAGAGAAGCAUCUUUUAUUCCAAACCUGGUUAAUAUGCGUAGUGAGGAGGGUUUUCCUAAUGUGAGAAUCCGGUAUGUUGGUGGUUUGUGGGUGUGGGUAUCGUUUGAAUCGAGUAAAGCUUGCAAAACUUUCUAUAUGAACACGGAUUAUGAUAAUCAAGAUGAAGAAAGGAGUAUAGAUGAGAAUGUAAAUGGAAAUUGUGAAAAAGAGCAAUUUGUAUCAGGUGAAAAGGUUGGUUUGUUUAAUGAAAAAGAGUUAAACGAACAGGAAAAUUAUCCUAUUAACAAAAGUAAUACAGGGGGUGUUAAUAUCUGUCAAGAGCAAGUAGAUUCAAUCCAUUUUGAACCGAUUAUUGCUAAUGCAAAUGAAAAAAUGACUCCAGGGGCUAAAGUGCAUACCGAGAGCAACGAUGAAAGGAGUGAAACAGGUGGUUCAAAACCUCCGGGUUUUGGUGGCCAGAGAUUUCAGGAACAAAAAACUAUGGAUUGUCGGGGUUCCUUUCUAUAUUCAGGUAAUGAAAUUAAGCGUUCACUGAGCACAGGGUCGGUGAAAAUUUUGGAAAAAAAGAUUCCGAUAGCUGGAGUUAGUUCCUGUGAUGAAGUAAGUCGGUUUAUUGAGCUGGGAAAAUUGUGGGGGUAUGAUGUGGAAAACGCAAAGGCUGAUUUGAAAAAAAGAUUAGUCGGUAUGGGAGUGAUCCAGUCCUUAUGA